CGGAAUCGCUAUUUCCAAUUACAAACACAGCCAUGACUGCCGAUGGAGGUAGCGGCAGUGACCCCGCGCUGUGGAGUCCAAGCCAGGUGGUUGUGUGGAUGACUUCGUUCGAGGAAGGAAGGUAUGCACCACUCGUCACACAGUUGAAGUCGUUGUCAGGGCGGCAGUUGCUGGACCUCACUGAGCCGCAAUGGGUGCGGGUGCAACCCACAGCGCUCGCGUCUAGUUUACGAUACACGCUUCUCGGCAUGCACCAGGUGGCCACUGCUGCCCCACAAAGUAGCGUACGUGGUGAUUCGUCGACACUGGGGUCCGAAGGGAACUACCUCUCAGCGGGCUCUCCACGUUCCACAACCACAUCCCGCAAGAACAAGAAGAAGCAGAAGCCGACGUCUAGCAUCCCACCCUGCGAAUUUCCCCCGAUGCUCGCGCGUCCAAGCUGGAUCGUGAUUGUGUUCGUGUUGUUGCUGGGCGUGGGGGCAAUCUUGGUCUUUGUCGUGUUCAAGGACAAGUUGGUCGGCACCCAGUGGGACACGAAGCGCAUCCUCACGGUGGCGUCGAUCCCGCUGAUCAGUGUCGUGUUCACGUACGGUCACAUUUGGCUUGCUUUGUACAUGACGUUCUACCCGCUGGAAUACGUGGGCAUCAUGCAGUUUCCCGGGACAAACAUGGGUGUGUGCGGGUGGCAAGGCAUCGUGCCGUUCAAGGGCGAGAAGAUGGCGCGCAUGUCGGUUCGCAUCAUGACGUCGCAGCUUCUGGACGUGCGCGAAGUGUUUAGUCGCAUCGACCCGGCCCAAGUGGUCAAGGAGCUGGAGCCGAUUCUGUUUAGCACGAUCAAAGACAUUGUCGAAACGAUGGCCAACAAGUACAACCCGAGCUUAUGGCGCGUAUUGCCGACGUCGGUCAAGGACGAGAUCGUCGAAAAGGUCAAGGAGGACGCGCCCGUGCACAUUGAAGCCCUCAUGGGCGAGAUCAAGCACCACAUUGACGACGUCUUCGAUUUGGAGGACAUGGUCGUGACGCACAUGAUGAAGGACAAGCAGCUGCUCGUCAAUAUGUUUGUCACGUGCGGGUACCAGGAGCUGGCGUUCAUUCGCGACUCGGGCGCGACCAUGGGCUUCAUCUUUGGGCUGCUGCAGAUGGGGCUGUACCUGGUGUGGCCGUCGCUGACCAAGUACGUGACGUUCCCAGUGUUUGGGCUGCUCGUGGGCACGCUCACGAAUUGGCUGGCGCUCAAGAUGAUCUUUGAGCCGGUGAACCCCAAGAAGAUUCUAUGCAUCAAGCUCCAUGGGCUGUUUCUGCGGCGGCAGCAACAAGUCGCGGCCAUGUACGGCGAGAUGGUAUCGCGGGAUGUUUUGAACGCGCACAACAUCAUCGAAGCCAUCCUCAAGGGCCCAGCUAGCGACAGACUGUUUGAGCUCGUGUACGCGAACGUCCAGCAAGCCGUUAACUCUGGCGCGGCGGUGGCCGACCGCAUCGUGUCGAUUGGCAUUGGCAAGGACACGUUCGAGUCCAUCAAGGAUGACAUCACGGACCUGGUCGUGCAGAAGUUCCCCGACAGUCUGCGGCACAUUGAAGCGUACACGAUGGUCGCGCUGGACCUGAAUAAGACCCUUCGGGAAAAGAUUGGCCAGCUGAGCUUUCACGACUUUGAGCGGCUGCUGCAUCCCGUGUUUGAAGAAGAUGAGUGGAAACUUGUGCUCAUGGGGGGCGUGCUCGGCCUCGCGCUCGGGUUUAUCCAGACCACGUACGAACCUGACCAUGCGACGUAGUACCACUGAAUAUGUGACACAGUGGCUGGAUUUAUGUGUGGGUUUUAAUCGCACAAACGUUUAGUACACGUAGUUGUCGGUAUAAUUAUAACGGUGAAAGAUGAAGCAAAGUACCAACCAAUCAAAACACUCAAAAGCUCGGAACAAUAUAUCGGGAUUUUUUGUAUUUUAAAAAUAGUAUUUUCUACUACGUAGUACUUUUUGUUGUAGGAUUCGUCGGCGGUACCAAUUUCCAGUUCGUGGAAUCGAAUCCCGAAUCGAUAUGUGAUUGGCUAAUUCUCCUUUUGAAAUGGAUUGGA